UCAUGGUAUCACGGCAGAGGAUCCUGAGCUGAAAAUUUUUCUUGCGUAACAUAAAUUCUUCGACAAAUUUUUCAACGCAUCAACACACGAAUCUAAGCAUCUUUCUAAUAUCCUUUACAGAUUCAUAUCUCAUAGUUUUUCGAUUGAGUUUUUCAUUCAAGAUCUGUAAUCUUGAACCAAGUUUUUCAAUAAUCUUUAUCGUUUUUUUGUUAAUGUCACCUUCAACAAUCGUAUAUCAAAGGCGAAGAAAUAUGGCUACUACUUCGAAUUCGGCUGCUCAGAUGGGUGAUUUCACUUUCCCCUUUACUAAUAUCUCAAAUUUUGUUUCUACCAAAUUGGGUCCGAAUAAUUUCUUGUUAUGGCGUGAUCAGAUGGAAUCAAUUCUCGUAUCAACGGAUCUAUUUGGUUAUGUUAUUGGUGAUGUUCAAGAACCAGUAAAGCAGAUUGAAAUUAAUGGUGUUUUGAGUUUGAAUCCGGAAUGGUUAUGCUGGAGGAAGAUAGAUUGUUUUGUGACAAGUUGCAUGAAAGCUACCUUCACUGAUUCUGUUAGCGGUGAUGUUUUGGGUCUCUCUACUGCACAAGAAAUUUGGGCUUAUCUUGAAAUAAGUUUUAAGAGUCGAUUCAUGGCCAGUAAAAGUAUGCUCAGAAACCAGCUUCAUAAUAUCAAGAAAGGUAAUCUCACUUUUCUUGUUUAUCUACAUAAUAUCAAGAAUAUAGCUAAUUCAUUAGCUGCAAUAGGAGAAAGGGUUAAUCCCUAUGAUUUAACAAUGUAUGUCCUAAAUGUUCUAGGAAGAGAAUAUGAUUCCUUUGUGACUGCAGCUCAUAAUAGAGGAAUGCCUUUUAGUUUUGCUGAACUCAAACCUAGAUUACUUAAUCAUGAGCAAUGGCUCAUAGAUCAGCAACAAGAUUCUACAAUGUUAUUUGAAGCACAAAUUCCUUCUGCAUUCUACAGUAGAAAUGGUAAUUCUAGUAAUGUAUAUGUUGGGAAUGGAAGAGGAAAGUCGAAAGGAAAUUUUAAGAAUGGUCAGGGUCAAAAUAAUGGAUACAAGAAUUCUCAAGGAUACAAUAACAGUUCUGCUCAAGCAAAUGGUAAUUCUGGACAGGCUACUGGCGGAAGAAGGGAUUUAUCAAAUGUAGAUUGUCAAAUUUGAAGAAAGAAAGGGCAUUAUGCCAGUAGAUGUCACUUCAGAUACUACCCUCCAACUUUUGCUUCAUCUUCAACAAGCAAUUCUGGUCAACAACAACAGGCUUUUACUUCUUUAACUGAAGAUCAAAUUUUUGGUGAUCCUUCUACUUCUCCUUCUAGCUGAUUCAGGAGAUACAGCUUAUAUGACUGGAAAUGAAGGUCUUAUACAAAAUACUUCUAGCUUCAGAGGCAAAGAGAAAGUGCAAGUGGGUAAUGGUAAGUGUAACGGACAGGAGAAUUUCCCUUCUAAUGGGUUGGAUUUCAACCCAAAUAGCAAGACGAAACCCCCGGUAAUAAAUAAAGUCUGGAUGACUUGCGGAGCAAAAAGAGCAGAAAAGUAGUGAAAAGCCG